AUGUUUAAUGUGUGGCUAUUCGGCCUUACUGCCGUAGCCUUACGUAACGUGAUAGCUGUUGACGUGAUGAAACCAUUUGGAGAUCAUUUUGGGAUCACUGAUGGAACUGAACAAACGCAUCCUGGGACAUAUUUGGUGAUUGCUCCUAAAGUGGUAAGGCCAAGUUUGCCGUAUGCUGUUUCGGUGAAUGUGCUAAAAAGUCCGGAAAGUGAUCAUAUUGUAAGAAUUGAAAUCCGAACUACUCAAAAUGAUACAGUGGGAGCUCGUGUUGUUAAUAAUGUUAAGACAGGUGUACCACAGACAAUAACAAUCGAUGAAUUAUCACCUGAAAUUCUUUUACCUGGCUCAUACUACAAGGUGUAUGUGAGAUGCGAGACGUUAAGUUCAAAAAUUUUAUUUGAGGAUGAAGGCGAUGUCCGUUUUGAUGAAAAAUCACUUUCAGUGUUUAUACAAACCGAUAAAGCAAUCUAUAAGCCUGGAUCUAUUGUGCGAUAUCGUGUAGUAGUGGUAAAACCUGAUUUGAAACCUUAUUCGGAAACACUUUCGGUAAUGAUCAAAGAUCCAAAUCAAAAUAUUAUUAGUCAAAAAAAUGAUCAAACGUUGACAAAAGGAGUGUAUUCAAAUGAGUUGGAAUUAUCAGUGGAACCACCACUUGGUGAUUGGCAAAUAAUGGUGAAAACAAAAAGUGGAAUUAAAUUUGAGAAAGAUUUUACGGUGGACAAAUAUGUAUUACCGAAAUUUGAAGUAAACGUGAAAACGCCAAGUUUUAUUACUAUCAACGAUGAUUUAAGCGUUCAUAUUGAGGCUAAGUAUACAUAUGGAAAAGGAGUAUCUGGUAAAGCAAAAGUAACUUUAGAAUUACCUUGGCAUCAUUUUACAGUACCAUUAGUUGUCUCAGAUGAUGGAACUAUUCAAAAGGAGGAGCACGAAAACAUUAUUGAAAGAACGAUAAAUUUGAAUAAUAUGGGAGAAGCAACGAUUGUUUUCACAAAUGAUGAAUUGAAGAAGCAUAAAUUGGUGACAGGAUAUGGUGGUAGCUCGGUGAAAAUUACCGCAACAGUUACCGAAGAUUUGACAGAUAUUAAACGAAAUGCUACCACACAGAUUGUUGCUUAUCGACAUGAUGUUAAACUUGAUAUGGAAAAACAAGGUGAAACAUUCAAACCUGGCCUUGGAUAUAAUAUUGUCAUUACAUUAAAGCAAAUGGAUGAUACACCAAUUAAGGCUACCAUACCUAAACGUGUACAGGUGACAACAUUCUAUAGCUAUUUGUUUGGGACCGAUUUAAUAACACAACAUGAAGAUAAAAAAGUGAAAAUUGUGGAUUUGGAUGCACAUGGAACUGCUGUGAUUACCUUGCAACCACCAAAUAAUUGCACCGAUGCGAGAGUUGAAGCUCAUUAUGAUCGUUCCGGAAAAGACGAUUUCGAGAGUGCAAGCAUUUAUUCAAUUCUUUAUAUUGAACCAAGCAUAAGUCCAUCAAAUAAUUUCUUGCAAUUGAUUGCCGAUCAUACCGGUGUUGUUGAUACCGGGAAAACAUUAUCAUUUACGGUGAAAGCUACUGAACCGUUAUCAACAAUCACUUAUCAGGUAAUAGCUCGUGGAUCAGUAAUUCUUGUCCAAAAUAUGUCAGUUAAUGGUGAUUUAGCAACGAUUACAUUUACUGCGACAUCACAAAUGGCACCAAAAGCAAUGUUAGUCGUAUAUACUGUCCGAGCAUCGAAUCAAGAAAUUUUGGUUGAUGCAACCGAUUUCCGAGUUGAUGGCUUAUUCAGGAACAAUGUCUCACUUACUGCUGAUCAUAAUACUGCAGAACCGGGUACUUCAAUAAAAUAUACCAUAAAAGCAGAUCCGGAAUCAUAUUGCGCUUUACUUGCAGUUGAUCAAAGUGUUUUGCUUCUAAAAUCUGGCAAUGAUAUUACAAAAGAUUUGGUGGAACAAGAUGUAGAACAAUAUGAUACAACAAUUGCUGGCCAUAGCUUUCGAUCAUGGGAAGCAGAUGUAAAACGUCGAAAGCGAUCCGUCUGGUAUCCGUGGUGGGGUAUUGGUGGUAAAGAUGCUGCAACAAUUUUUGAUAACUCAGGUCUUGUCAUUCUAACUGAUGCACUGCUAUUUCGUGGCCCUGAUGUUGCAAGAUUCGCUCAACCAAUAGUAGCAUAUCCAUUGGGCAGUAAUUUUCAACCUAAUCUAAUGUUAGAAAACGAUGUGAACCAAGCCGGUUCUAUGAAAGUGAAUUUCAAAAGUUGGCGACGAUUUCCAGCAAUUGCAUUUGGUGCUGCGCGUUCUGUCCUUAAAGUAGGUAUGGAUGAAGAAAUAUCGGAGAAAAGUUCCGACCUAUAUGACUUACCUAAGAUACGGAAAUUGUUUCCGGAAACAUGGGUUUGGAGCAACAUGCGAACUCGAGAUACCGGAGAAGCUGUUUUCGAAGCGGUUGUACCGGAUACAAUAACAUCCUGGGUUGCAAGUGCUUUUGCUAUCAAUGAUGAGAGUGGUCUUGGAGUUGCUCCAUCUACUUCAAAACUUACAGUAUUUCGACCAUUUUUCAUUCGUAUCAAUUUGCCAUACUCAGUGAAACGUGGAGAAAAAUUUGCUUUGCAAGUGUUAAUUUUUAAUUAUAUGGACAGUGAGCAAGAUGUAGCAGUAACACUGAAAGAUGAUGAUGAUAUUGGUUAUAAUUUUCUACAAAAAGAUGGUACUACUAAAAAACCUAUCAGUAAAAAUGUAAAAGACAAGGAGUAUAAUGUAAGAUUAAUAUCGGUACCAAGUGGUGGUGUAUCUAAAGCAGUUUAUUUUCCAAUUGUACCAACUAAAAUUGGUGAUGUGAUUCUUUCUGUGACAGCACAAUCUGCUAUAGCUGGUGAUGCGGUGGAACAGGUGUUACGAGUUGAGCCGGAAGGAUAUCGAGUAGACAGGAAUACUCUUAUAAUGAUCGAUUUAACACAAACAAAUGAUAGUACUGAAAUUAAAAAACAAAUCGAUAUGCAAUUUCCAAGAGAUGCAGUAGAAGGAUCUCGAAAAGCACGAUUUGAUGUUAUCGGUGAUUUAUUGGGUUCAGCUCUUGCUAAUAUAGAUUCUCUCGUACGUAUGCCUUAUGGUUGUGGUGAACAAAAUAUGAUCAAUUUUGUGCCAAAUAUUGCUGUACUUCGCUAUUUAAAAGUUACAAAACAGGCAGGAACGCAAAUUGAAAAUAAAGCUAAAAAGUAUAUGGAAUCUGGUUAUCAACGAGAGCUUACUUACCGAAGAGAUGACCAUUCAUUCUCGGCAUUUGGUCAAAGUGAUAAACAUGGCUCUACAUGGCUUACAGCAUUCGUUGUUCGAUCUUUUAAACAAGCCCAGCAGUUCAUCUUCAUCGAUGAGCAUAUCCUUCAAGAAUCUAUUGCAUUUCUGAAUGCUCAACAACAACAGGAAAAUGGUGCAUUUGCUGAACGUGGUGAAGUUCAUCAUAAAGCGAUGCAAGGUGGUGCAGCUGAAGGUGGUGUAUCACUGACGGCUUACGUCUAUAUAGCACUUCUCGAAAAUGGAGUUCGGGAUGAUAAAGCACAGUACUACUUGGAGCAGCAUCUCGAGGAAAUCAAAGAUGACCCAUAUGCAUUAGCUAUUGUCACCUAUGUAUUUCAUUUAGCUAAUAGUUCUAGAAAAGAAGAAGCAUUGGAAAUGCUUGAAUCUCAUAAAAAAGAAAAUGCUGAAGGUGUUUACUGGUCUACGAAAAUUGGUCAGGAGAAGCCGAAAGAUACACAACAUUACUUCUACCAACCAAGACCAGCAGAUGUUGAGAUGACAGCCUAUGUUUUACUUACUUACAUGAUAAGAGAUGAUACUGAUAAAGCUCUUCCUUUGGUGAGAUGGCUUACAUCACAACGAAAUGCAUACGGUGGCUUUAGUAGUACACAGGAUACAGUAAUGGCAUUGCAAGCUUUGGCCGCUUAUGCAGCUAAAGUUUAUUCACCGCAACUCAACGUUAGCAUUAUGAUAAUGAAUGGCGCUGAUAAGCAGAAUUUCGAGGUGACAACUGAUAAUGCUAUGGUACUACAAAGUUAUCAGUUGACAAAUUUGGACGAAGGAUUAGAAUUGAAUGCUCGAGGUAAUGGCAUUGUUCUUGCACAACUGCAAUAUUCAUAUCAUCGUACCACAAUGAGAGAUGAUCUUCCGUUUUAUUGUACAAAGGAAGUUCGUGAAUUGCAUAGUGGCAAUCGAUUACAGCUCGACUUAUGUUGCAAUUACACCAAGCUAGAUUCACGUUCUAAUAUGGCAGUUGCUGAAGUAGAUGCCUUAUCAGGAUUUCGAUUUGAUGGUGAUCAACUUGACAAUCUUAUGGAUAUUAGCGAUUUGCAAAGAGCUGAAUUGGACAAAGAGGAUACAAGGAUGAACUUAUACUUCAAUCCUAUUGGUUCAACACCGGUAUGUCUCUCAUUGUACAGUGAUAUGGUUUAUCAGAUAUCAGAACAAAAACCUGCACAAGUUGUCCUCUUUGACUAUUAUGAUCCCGAACAACAGGUGAAGACAACCUAUACGGCUAAGCAGACGAGAUCGUUGCAAGAUGCUUGUCCGGAAUGUUGGCCAGCAGUUGAGGCCAACGAAAAGAGUGCAGGAUAA